AUGAGUUCCAAGAAGAAAACAGCCCCAAUGUGCUUCAGUGCCAUCACGCGUGACAGCAACUUCGUCACUGUCCAAGUCGGAGCAACGGCUAUCAAGCACUACAUCCACGGCUCGCUCCUCACCCAGCAUUCCGAAUACUUCAAGAAAGCGCUGAAUGGUCCAUGGAAGGAAUCCAAGGAGCGACUUGUUGUGCUCGAAGAUGUCGAGAGUGGCAUAUUUGGAAUCUUCGUGGACUGGCUGUACACGCAAACUGUACCUAAUAUGGACAUCACGGGAGACAAUGAGAUCAAAGGCUACGUACUCGGUGACCGCCUUGUUGCUCCAGAGUUCCGCCACGCUAUGCUCUACGAAGUCACAAAGUGCCUUGUUACGCUCAAAGCUAAACCUGAAGUGAGCAACGUUGUCUACGCCUAUGCUCAUCUCACUCCAUCCGAUCCGGUCCUGAGACUUAUGGUCGAUUCUUACUCUAGCCAUUUCGCACGAGAGUCCUCCGUUUCGUCCGCACAAGAACAACAAGCGAUCCUCACGCAACUACCACAUGAAUUUCUUGUAACCUUCGCGAGCGAGAACGUCGUUAUGGUGGAAGUCGGGCCGGAUCUCACCAAAUUCUACGUUCAUCGCGCGAUCCUCAUCAAGCACUCCGAGUACUUUAAGAAGGCCUUGAACGGGCCGUGGAAGGAGGCCGAAGAAGGUGUGGUUCGACUGCGAGACGUCGAUUGCGAUAUCUUCGAGAUCUUCGUCAAUUGGAUGUACACUCAAACACUACCGAAUUUCGAGAAAGAUUUGUGUGGUGGUCAAAGACGGCAUGGAGACUCACGAGAUGAAGGUCUGUUGGUCAGACUCGACGCCUACAUCUUCAGUGAUCGGAUCCUCGCUCCCAAAUUUCGCCAAGCUGUCCGUAUCGACCUUGUCGAUUCACUGGUCAUGUUCGACGCCCCCUGUUAUAACACGGUGAUCUACUUCUUCGCCAGUUCGUCCUCGGAUGAUUCGAUCUUGGACCUAAUUGUCGAAGUACACUGUAGGACCUGUAUGCCGGAUCUUGAUAAAUAUGGCAAUGGUGACGAACUCGAACUCAGAAAGCAGCUCCCCCACGACUUUUUAGUUCGCGCCAUGGUAUGUUUUGCGAAGAUGAGAGACAACGGCUGGACUGAAAUCGACAUUGAUGCAGAAGAGUACUAUGAGUGGUCGCCAUGAAAGGAAAGGGCAGCUGUUGAAGAAUAGGGAGAUACCGAGAAGUUUCUGGCAGAUUCCGAAAGGCAGAAGAAAUGUUACGACUCCCAGACAACAGCAUGCGGCACACUAUCGACUAGAGCGAAAUUAGGAUGGCGGUGGACAAUAGACUCAACAAGUGAAGGAUAUAAUCAUUGAAGGGGAAAAUACACGCUGCCAACAUCGGCUAAGAACGAGAGAGACAAGUCGCACUAGCCAGAGGGCGAGCUUCAACGAAGACGGCGUGCCUACCUCCCUUCGAUGACCAUAGUAGAUUGAGUAUUCAAAUUCACAGCUACUUAUCCACC